CAGGUACUUUGUAGCGCUGCCAUGAGUGCCUGCGAAGGUGAAAGCCAAUGGCAAGCGGCCUUCGAAAUCUUUCGACAACAGGAACUGCUAGGCCUUGGCAGUGAUGAGUUCACCCUGUCUGCUCUGAUGAGCUGUUGUGAGAAGGCCAGUCACUGGCCUCGUUGCUUUGAGUUGCUGGAGAGCUUCCGGUGGCAGCAUGUGAAGCCGAGUUUGGUGGUUCACAACGUGGCCAUCAGUGCCUUCCAACGCAGCCAACGAUGGGUGGAGGCAAUCGGUCAGUUGGAGAAGAUCCGCGGAACGGCGCAGCCAGACGCGGUGACGUACUCCGCGGUGAUCGCGGCCUGCGGCACGUUCCAACGCUGGCAGCAAGCGCUGGAGCUGUUUCAUGAAGCACCGCGGAAUGCUGUGGUGCUGAGUGCCACCAUAAGUGCCUGCGAGCAGGCCUGCCAUUGGCAACAGGCUCUGCAAUUGCUGGCUGAUGCCAAUCAUGGAUCAGUCCGGCGGGAUUUGGUCGUGUGCAAUGCAGUGAUCAGUGCAUGCGCCUCUGCCCUUCAGUGGCCUUAUGCCCUGCACCUUGUGUGUCACUACAUGGCCGGAGAUGAGGCAGAUGGAUUCGGGAAAAUUGUGAACGGCAAGACGGCCAAUUGUGCAAUGCGGGCCUUGACAUGUGCCAUCCAAUGGCAACGUAGCCUGUGCCUACUGGAUCGAAUGCAAGACUUGCAAGUGGAGAUUGAUGUGAUUCUACUGUCCCUGGUGGCAGACGCCUGUGCCGCAGCGGCUCAGUGGACCUACUUGGUGCCUGCGCUCAGUCGCCUGGGAGAGGCGUCCGGGACGACAAAAAACGUGCCGCGGACGCCGCGGACUGCGGGGAUCAUGACAAUACCCUCUGGUUAUGACUAA